AUGGAGACCACCACCGAGGUUGAAACCAAGCAGCCUUCAGUUGCGCCAUCAGAGCCCCAGCAACAAACCCCAGUUGCCGAGACCCCUACGACCACAGAGCUUAGCAGCACCAAUGGCGUCAAGCCACCAGCUCUGGAUGACGAUGACACCGCCAAUGAUGACGAUCUAAGCCCGCCUCCUGAGAAUUUGAGCCCUGUAUCAGGCAGCCAUGAUCGCGCUUUGGAAGAUGAGAUCGUUGUCGGUAAUCGCAAUGGUGCGCACAAGUCGUCACCGCUCCGCGUUGUUUCUGAUCCGGAGGAUGAGAACAUGGCGGAUGCCGAAGAUGAGCCGAUUGUCUCCCACUACCCUAAGCGGAAGCGUGCGUCUGUCUUCAACGACUUGAGCGAAGACAAGAUGGAGAGCAGCCUUGUCUCAGAGAAGGAGGGUACACCGCGCAGCACCAAGCCAGCCCGUAGGCAUGGGCUGGGUGGUGUAAAGGGCGUCAUUCUCGGUUAUUGGCGCGAUUCGCCCGUUCCCGACCCUAGAGGCAAGCAUGCCGUGAUCGGCUUCAUCGAUGUCCGGGAUCGCCUUCGCACUCGCAUUCAGCAAAACACGCGCUUCGGCGAGCCGGUAUCGAGUCUUGAGUAUCCCCUCCCGCCCGGACCUGGUGGCAGCUGGGUGACUUUCGAGCGUGUCGUAUUCGCCGAUCACCUGGUUGGUUUGGACCACCAUCAAGUCAAGGAAUAUGUCAAGCUUCGAACGGAUUCUAUUGAGGUGACGGAGGAGGCCCGUGAUGCUGCAGAGCAAGCUGCGGCUAAGGAAGCAGUUCGACGCGUCGAGGAAAACCCUCCCCCCGAGAACGUCGUAGCUCCUGCCAUCGCAUACGGUGCUGAGAUUCCUGACUACGCCACAAUGCCGUCCCGGCCGGACUCCAAACGUCGCCGCACUGGUAGUGGCAUCGGCACGAUUAGCGGAGGACCAGUCCAGCAGACGCCGCCAGCACGAGAUAUCGUCAUGACCCCUCAAUUCGACCCUCUGCCAGGUACCAGACCCACGCGCAUCGUCGUGGGCUAUUGGAAGGGCUCCAGUGAACCUGAGCCUAUGAACCGGCACGCAAUCUACGGCAUCCUGGGCCAAAAUGAUAUGUUUCGAGUCAAGGUGGCGCGAGAGACACGUGACAAGCGAUUCGUGGACGGCAACUUCCCCGUUGGAGCGGGUGCGUUGUGGAUUCACUGGGAAGAGGUCGAACUGGAGCCUCACAUUAAAAACCUGUCUCGCACCGAGGUCAAGGAAUACUGCCGUGUCCGUCAAUACCAAAUCGAUCAGGGAGAAAGCCCCAAUGAGCGAGCCGACAACGAAGCCAGGGCAGUGUUCGAGGCCCAGCAGCGCGUUGCACAUGGUCUCAACAAGCCUGGUUACAUGAACAACAUGGGCCCGCCCCCUGCCAUUGUUCCUCAGCCGGAGGAGAUUAUCGACACACCCGAGACCAAAGUCGAGGUUAACCCCGAACUGCGUCAGAGCCGCAGGACGGAGAACCGCGGCAUUCGGCACUCGCUGCCCGACCUCGAACUCAGGCAAUCAUCGCGAACCCCGGUGCAGGCCCAAAACAAGAUCGACGCCAGCGCACGUCGCGAGAUCGCCCGAAUCGAGGCCGCACAAAUUCGGUCCGAGCGUUUCGCCGCUGACCGCGAAGCUGCUCAGAAUGCCCAGGCUGCUCAAGCCGCUCAAGCCGCCCAGAUGGCCAACUUGGUACCUCCUCCGAUGCCGCCACAAGCUAUGUCUAAGAUGCCUCUGCAGAACGGCAACGGCAACGGUCCUCGCAUGAGUAGCCUUUUCCACGAGCGCGACGAGAUGCAGCGCCUGAACAAGGUUUGGGCCAGCCAGGAAGAGCACCGCAGCAAGGUUGGAGGUGAAGAGACCAAGUUCUAUGGUGGUAUAAAAUACGAACGCAAAACCAACGGUCCCUUUGUCGGCAAACUCGUCUCACAAGGCACCAUUAUCAGUAUUGACGGAGAGGAUUAUGUCGAGUAUCGCGUGCUCACGAAGCCGAGUUUCUUCUAG